AUGGCUAAGAAGUUCCCAGACGUGCAACCCGGCGGCAGCCUGAUUCUUGCAUGGCAAGUCAAGGACAAAAAGAUCCUUGUGGUGGGCGGAGGUGAAGUCGCCGCCGGUCGAAUCCUCAACUGCCUCAAUGCCGAUGCACGCGUCACCGUCGUCUGCCCGACCUCGGGUCUAAACGAUGAAGUCGCCCAUCGAGUCUCAGAGAACCAAAUCACCCAUGUUGACCGCGUCUUUGAGCCGUCGGACCUCGAUGGUGUCGACAUGGUGCUCGUUGCCAUCGAUGACCCUGCGGCGUCGACGGCCGUUUGGAAGCUGUGCAAGGAGAAAAAAGUGCCUGCCAACAUUGCAGAUGUGCCCCCCGAAUGCGACUUUUACUUUGGCAGCGUUCACCGCGACGGCCCAUUGCAAAUCAUGGUUAGCACCAACGGCAAGGGCCCCAGGUUAGCCGCUUCCAUACGCCGCUUUAUCGCCAGCCAGCUGCCCAAGAAUGCCGGCAAUGCAAUCGAGAUCAUUGGGGAGCUGAGGACCAAGCUUCGCAAGAUUGCGCCCAGGCCCGAGGACGGACCCAAACGGAUGCGCUGGAUGUCCAAAGUCAGCGACUCGUACAAGUGGGAGGAAAUGUGCACCCUCAGCGAGGAAGACAUGGACAACCUCCUGCUCUUCUACCCGGCCAACAAGGUCCCCUCGGUUGACAUCUUGCUCGCCUUGCGAGGCGGGACUGACGUGAGGAAGCUCGACGUCUUUGACGGUUCUUUUGGAUUCAGCGUGGGAGCAUAG